UGUGCCAUGGGAGGUCAACCUAAAUAUGCGCAGCGCUGCGCAAAGACAGUCACCUUUUUGACGUGUGCGAACGUCUACUUUUUACAAGCACUCCCACAAUCCACCGCGGUCCUCCACAUUUGGAUCUUCAGCUUUUCAGUGUCAAAUCCAAGAUGACACUGCACCGGUUAUUCCAGCUGUCCUCCGUGCUGCGCUCCACUGUGAGCCUGACCCUGCGCAGGAACAUCGGCAUGUCUGCUGUCCUCUUCAACCGGGCCAAGGAGCUCGACCCCGUCCAGAAACUGUUCCUGGACAAGAUCCGCGACUACAACACCAAGAGCAAGACUUCAGGUGGCAUUGUGGACGCAGGACCCGCUUACCAGAAGAACCUGUCUGAUGAGGUGACCAAACUACAGAGGCUAUAUGGAGGAGGAGACCUCACCAAGUUCCCGGAUUACAAAUUCUCAGAGCCCAAGCUUGAUGAAGGAGCCAAGUGAAUGCUUUCCAUGUUGUAUAUCUCCUACAUGUCACCAAUAUGUUGUAUUUAAUAAAACGAUAGUGGAUUGAACCAUGA